AUGAUACGGGACAGAAUAUUCAUCGGAGUCAAAGAGCAACGGAUACAGCAGAAGCUUCUCGAGGUGAAGGACCUUACGAUGGCCAAAGCAGUGGACAUCUGUCGGUCUGCUGAGCUGUCCAGAGAACAAUCCGACAAUCAUGCAUGGCUUGCGACGAGAGAUGCGGAUGAGAUGCUUCCGACUGAUAUAUGUACUUUUAAAAGGUAUAGG